UCUUCCUAUUCCAUGACAAAUUGAAAAGAAUUCCCAUAUAAAACAACAAACCCAUUACUUCACCUUACUCAUUUCAUUUUCUGUUCAUCUCCUUGAAUUUCCUUCAACAAAAUUUCUUUGGUUUGCACAGCAAUGUUCAAGGAAUUGAAGUCCUUUGAGGGAUUUCAAGAUUGAAGUGAGUAAAAAAAAUCUUAAGGGAUGAUGGCUGUGAGCUCGGCCUGCAGGGAUGCUAACAAAAUGGGGGCAGAUGCUGGAAAAUAUGUCCGGUAUACUCCUGAGCAGGUUGAAGCCCUUGAGAGGCUCUACCAUGACUGCCCAAAACCCAGUUCCCUUCGCCGCCAACAACUUAUUAGGGAAUGUCCUAUUCUCUCCAACAUUGAGCCUAAACAAAUUAAAGUUUGGUUUCAGAACCGAAGAUGUAGAGAGAAGCAGAGAAAAGAAUCAUCAAGAUUACAAGGGGUGAACCGGAAGUUGACAGCAAUGAACAAGCUGUUAAUGGAGGAAAAUGAUAGGUUGCAAAAGCAAGUGGCUCAUUUGGUUUACGAAAAUAGUUAUUUUCGCCAACAUACACCAAAUGCGGCAACACUAGCCACCACAGACAACAGUUGUGAGUCAGUGGUGACAAGCGGCCAACAACAAGCGACUUCUCAGCGUCCUCCAAAGGAUGCUAGCCCUGCAGGACUUGUGUCUAUUGCAGAGGAAACUUUAACAGAGUUUCUUUCGAAGGCAACUGGAACCGCUGUUGAGUGGAUCCAAAUGCCUGGAAUGAAGCCUGGUCCGGAUUCCAUUGGAAUCAUUGCUAUUUCUCAUGGAUGCACUGGAGUUGCAGCUCGUGCAUGCGGUCUUGUGAGUCUAGAACCCACAAGAGUUGCUGAGAUCCUGAAAGAUCGACUUUCAUGGUAUCGUGAUUGCCGAGCUGUGGAUGUCAUGAAUGUGAUGUCAACUGGAAAUGGGGGAACAAUCGAACUGUUAUAUAUGCAGCUCUAUGCACUCACAACUUUGGCUCCAGCACGUGACUUCUGGUUGAUGCGCUACACAUCUCUUCUAGAAGAUGGUAGUGUUGUGAUCUGCGAGAGAUCACUGAACAACACUCAGAAUGGACCCAGUAUGCCAUCAGUACAGCAUUUUGUGAGAGCAGAAAUUUUGCCAAGUGGGUAUCUAAUUAGACCCUGUGAAGGGGGUGGGUCUAUCAUUCACAUUGUUGAUCAUAUGGACCUUGAGCCAUGGAGGGUACCUGAAGUGUUGCGCCCACUAUACGAGUCAUCUACUUUGCUUUCUCAAAGAACAACUAUGGCGGCUCUAAGGCAGUUGAGGCAGAUAUCUCAGGAGAUUUCUCAACCAAAUGUCACUGGUUUUGGACGACGUCCAGCAGCCUUACGUGCUCUGAGCCAGAGGUUAAGCAAGGGUUUUAAUGAAGCCGUCAAUGGAUUUAUGGAUGAAGGGUGGUCUAUGAUGGACAGUGAUGGAAUUGAUGAUGUAACUCUUCUAGUGAAUUCAUCCCCAAGCAAAAUGAUGGGUGAAAAUCAAUUCUACAGCAAUGGAUUUCCAUCCGUGGGCACUGCAGUGUUAUGUGCUAGAGCCUCCAUGCUCUUACAGAACGUGCCUCCUGCCGUGCUCCUUAGGUUCUUGCGAGAACAUCGAUCUGAAUGGGCAGACAGCGGCAUUGAUGCUUAUGCAGCAGCUGCUGUCAAAGCUGCUCCUUGCACCAUACCAGUUUCUCGUACUGGAUGUGUUGGGGGUCAGGUCAUUCUUCCUCUUGCCCACACAAUCGAAAAUGAAGAGUUCAUGGAGGUUGUCAGGCUUGAAAAUCUUGGCCACUAUCGAGAAGACAUGUUUAUGCCAGGAGACAUAUUUCUACUGCAGCUUUGUAGUGGAGUAGAUGAAAACGCUGUAGGUGCAUGCGCAGAACUCGUAUUUGCUCCAAUAGACGCAUCUUUCUCAGAUGACGCUCCGCUUCUUCCUUCUGGUUUCCGUAUCAUUCCAGUCGACUCUUCCAAGGACGUUUCAAGUCCAAAGUGCACUCUUGACCUUACCUCUGCCCUUGAGGUUGGCCCAGCUGGAAAUAAAACACUUGCUGAUAAUAGUGGGUCUGGAGGUGGGAAAUCUGUGAUGACUAUAGCUUUUCAGUUCGCUUUCGAAAUUCAUCUUCAGGAGAAUGUUGCUUCGAUGGCACGGCAGUAUGUUAGGAGUAUUAUAUCCUCCGUUCAAAGGGUAGCAUCUGCGCUAUCCCCUUCUCGUUUUGGAUCUCUUAGUGGCUCUCCUUUAUCUCCGGGAACUCCCGAAGCUCAGACGCUUGCACGUUGGAUUUGUCAAAGCUACAGGUGCUAUCUAGGUGUGGAGUUGCUUAAACCCAGUAACGAGGGAGGAGAAUCCAUACUUAAAACUCUUUGGCAACAUUCAGAUGCCAUUUUAUGCUGCUCUUUGAAGGCGCUGCCAGUUUUCACGUUUGCAAAUCAAGCAGGACUCGAUAUGCUUGAGACUACUCUUGUUGCUCUGCAAGAUAUUACGUUAGAAAAGAUUUUUGAUGAACAAGGCCGGAAAGCCCUCUUCACUGAGAUGCCUCAGAUAAUGCAGCAGGGUUUCAUUUGUCUUCAAGGAGGUAUCUGCAUGUCAAGCAUGGGAAGGCCGAUUUCCUAUGAGCGAGCAGUUGCUUGGAAGGUGUUCAACGAUGCCGAAGAUGCUCAAUGCAUGUGCUUUAUGUUUAUCAACUGGUCUUUUGUAUGAAAAUUCUGCUCAAGUAGUUUCAGGGAUAAAAUCAACACUUUAGAAAAGUUAGAUUUUAUUUUUGCUUUUUUGUAAUAUUAUUACUUAGGAAAGCCUUAGGGGAAGCAAUGAAGAGGGUUUUGUAUACCUUUGGAAUGGCUGAUUUUGAGCUGUGCCCUAAAUUAUGUAGGCUGUUACAUUUUCCUUUUUCUCAGAUACUUCAACACUUUGACCCACCUAAUUUAUGUAUCAUGUUUUUAGGUA